CACAGCACCUGCAUUAGGAUGUCAGCCAAAGGAAAUGGAACCACCAGAGCUCACUUUGUCCUCUUGGGGUUCUCUGAGCAGGGCCAUGUCCAGGUUGUCCUGUUUGUGGCGUUCCUGGUGAUCUAUGUGAUCACCCUGCUGGGGAAUGUGGGGCUGCUGGUGCUGAUCAGGCUGGCUGCCCAGCUCCACACCCCCAUGUACUUCUUCCUGAGCAGCCUGUCCUUCCUCGACCUCUGCUAUUCCUCCUGCGUCACUCCCAGGCUGCUCCGGGAUCUCCUGGACGAGGACAAGGUCAUUUCUCACGCCGCGUGCCUCACGCAGUUCUAUUUCUACGUGGCCUUCGCCACCACCGAGUGCUACCUCCUGGCUGCCAUGGCCUACGACCGCUACGUGGCCGUCUGCCGCCCCCUGCUCUACUCCCUCUCCAUGUCCCCAGGGAUCUGUGCACUCCUGGUGGCCAGCUCCUGCCUGGCUGGGGCCACCAACGCCGCCCUCCACACGGGCCUGGCCCUUAGGCUGAGCUUCUGCGGCCCCAAGGUCAUCGACCACUUCUACUGCGAGGGGCCGCCGCUCUUCGCCCUCUCCUGCACGGACCCCGCGCCCAACGAGCUGGCCAUGUUCCUCACGGCGGGCUUCAGCCUGGCCGCCACCGUGCUGGCCAUCCUCCUCUCCUACGCCUUCAUCCUGGCCGCCGUCCUGGGCACGCGCUCGGCCACGGGGAAGCGCAAAGCCCUCUCCACCUGCACGUCCCACCUGGCGGCCGUGGCGCUCUUCUACGGAUCCCUGGUGUCCAUGUACUGCCGGCGCAGCUCCAGGAGCUCCCGGGAGCGAGACAAGGUGGCCUCUGUGUUCUACACCAUGGUGGUGCCCAUGCUGAACCCCUUCAUCUACAGCCUGAGGAACCAGGAGGUGAAGGCCGGGCUCUGGAGACUGAUGGGGACGAAACACUCAGCUGCAAAUUAG